AUGAUAUACAUAUUCGUUCGUCGCGAUUCGUUCGUCGCGAUCCGCUCGUUCGCGACCGACCCACCACCACCGCGCAGUGAUGCAGGGGUACCGUGUUCGGCGUUGCGCACCGAUCGCUCAGCAAUACCCACUUGUAAGACACUGUUGUCAGUCCUAGUCCAUCUGCGGUGGUGCUCACUUCCCGUCCACUCGCCUUUCGCCGUGUUAUCGCCGUUGUACGUUGUUCCGCUGUCGCAAGCCGGACCGCCAAUUUCGCUACCCGACGACCUCGCGCCGGCCGGCAGCGCAGGUGUGUUCGUCCGGACGGCCUUCUCGCCGCACACGAUUUAUUUAUUAAACUACAGCCACUACAAUGAAGGUCAUAUUCUUUAUCUCUAUAUGUUAAAAUUACGUCUUGUAACUACUCAUUUCUUGAAGCAGCCAUAAAAGCAUUAAAAUGUGCCGUGAUUGGGAUAUGACUUUCUGAAUCGUGUAUUGGUAUAAAUUAUUUGAAUUAAAAGUGUUUCAAGCUGUUGAACUUAUUGCAGUGG